AUGUCUGAAGUUCAGACUUCUAUUCAAAUUUAUCAACCUCAAGUUAAUGACAUAUUCAAGAGUCAUGAUGAGUUUGUUAAUAAAAUCAAAGAUUAUGCACAUAAACUUGCUGGUUAUUCUGGAUUAAAAGAAUAUGACUCAGAAGAUGAAAAUUUAAUUAACAAAGAACGAAAUCGAAAAUCUCAAUGA